AUGCCGCAGGUUUAUGCCCCGAUUCUGGCGGACUUUGGCUUCAACCCAUCCACGCUCGGGCCGCUAAGCACGACUUUGUUGGUGACGGCCGUGUCGCACGACGGCCUGUACACCAAUUUGGAUGUGCCAGCCGUGGGAGUCACGGUGUUUGCAACCCCCGGCAGGCGGUUUGUGGGAGCAAACAUAUCGUCACUGAGUGCUGAGGCAGAGGCGUGCUUCCCUGCGUCGUCAGAAUGGGCACUCUGCUUUCCUCCUUCCGCAGGUGCCGCGCUCCAAGGAGCAGCCAUCGAGCUGCAAUUGGACGAAAUUUUGGCCCAGAAUCUCACUCUGCUUCCAGAGGGCCUCGAGCCUUUUGAAAUCAUGAGCUCCAUACUCAACGUCGAGGACGCCGUGGGAAACAUCGACGACGGCACGGUGAACGCCACGGAUAUCGGCAUGCACGCAUGGCUGAACGUAACGGCGGGCGCCAUCGAGACUUUGGCCACUCCUCCGUUCCACAUACUUUACGCGCCGGACGCCAAUUCCCCGGUUUGGGAAAAGGUGGAAGAUUUUCAGGUCGAUGCGUCGAGGGCACAGUUUGGCGCAGUUGGGACGAGAGUGGCCAACCUCGGCGCCUUCCUGUUGGUCUACGCGCCGCCAACUUACACUCCAGUCAUUCAGGCUCUCUCCAACGCGUCUGCCGCGGGCGGCUCCUCGCAGGCAGCCCCAUCGGGGGUAAUCUUUUAUGAGGGGGAAAAGGAGCUGAAGCCCAUUCUUCGGAACUUCACAGUGUAUCGAUCGGAAGACGUGCUAGGAAAUGGGAAGCUGGACAGCUCGGCGGCAAACGAAACAUGGAAAGAAGAGCGAGUCAUCAAAUCUGCAGUGGUCGUAAUCGUGAGCGGCUUCAGCGAUUUGGAAGACGUGCUGACUCUCCACCCUGAGAUUUUCCUCAACGGGACGAAUGCGACAUCGACUUCCAGCAUCAGAAACAUCUAUGCAUUGGGACUGGACGUGGAAAAUAUAACCCAUGGUGGGAUUCACGCCGCGUACAAUGCAACAAAGGGGGAGCUGCGCAUCGAGAAGUCCGACGGCUCCCUCUUGACAACAAAGGAGGCCGAAGACACUGUCCGCAGGGUGGUUUACGGGAAUUACGAAAACAAUCCGGAAAGGCAACAGAAGAAGUUUCAG